GAUGUAUGUAUAUCGCUGCUGCCUGCCCGAUGUUGUCCAUUCUCCGGGUCCCCUGCAGGUGCUGGAUGCGGCGAUGUCUGCCUUCAUCUUGGAGGUGAUAGUGCGCCACGGCAAGCCCGCCCCACGCCUGUGCAACAAGGACCCGUUCACCCUUAGGGCGGCGGUGUACCUGCACCGGCUCUUCCCCAGGGCUAAGUUCCUGCUCAUGAUCCGGGACGGCAGGGCGGUCGUUCACUCCAUCAUCACCCGCAAGGUGACCAUCACAGGCUAUGACCUGUCAGACUACCGUCAGUGCCUGAAGCGGUGGAAUGCAGCCAUGACUUCGAUGUAUGCCCAGUGCCAGCAGCUGGGGCCAGGGCUCUGCCUGCCCGUGUACUAUGAGCAGCUGGUGCUUCACCCCCGUGCGUGGAUGCAGCGUAUUCUGGCCUUUCUCGAGGUGCCCUGGAACGACUCGGUGCUGCACCACGAGCAGCUCAUCAACCAGUCUGGCAUUGCUCUCUCCAAACUGGAGCGGUCGACGGACCAGGUGAUCAAGCCCAUAAACCUGGGGGCCUUGAGCAAAUGGGUGGGCCACAUCCCAGAAGACGUGGUUCGGGACAUGGCCAAGGUUGCGCCGAUGCUGGCGCAGCUGGGCUACGACCCGGCCGCCAAUCCUCCGGACUACGGGCAGCCAGACAACUUUGUCCUAAACAACACGCUAGAAAUCAAGAAGAAGAUGGAGGAAUGGCAGGCGAGGGAAAGGGAACUAGAGGAGCACAGGGAACUCAUCAAGCAGUCCAUUGCCAAAAAGAAGGCAGCGGUUCCAGAUGGUGUCAUCAACGACGCCGUUGCGGAAAAAGCACUGGCUGUCGAGAAGUGAUGGGGCUCUUACCUUUCUCGGGUUGCUAGGGGACAAGGGGUCUGGUGAAACAGGGUCGGGAUGACUUGUUUCUGCAUGUGUGAACUUCGUGGUGUGUGGUUGUGCAGCGUAGCAAGAAGCGGUAUGACGGCAGUGGGAUGAGGCCCGAGGCACAGGUAUCUGCGACAAUAUGGGCAUUGCGCACAUAGUUUUUGCAGUGCCAUGUGCUACGAUGCAUGUGUGUGUGUCAAACCUUCACGGAACUGUUUUGUGUGCAGCCUGCCAGUGUGUGAAAGCGAACUAGGAAUUCAAUUAGGGUCCACCUACACAUCUACAUAGACAUUGGGAUCUUCAUAAUGUCAAGAAACUCUUGAGUGAAACCAUCGGUACUUGCAACAAGUGAGAGUUAUCUAGACAAUCGAACCGGACAAGGGGAACACUUGUGGUACCAUCCCUUAUUUCAGUCAGAAGGAUAGCCCAGUUUGAGCUGUGGCAAAAAGAUGUCACCACGAAAUGUUGCUAUGCCUUCAGGACCUCUUGAGAAACAUGGUAAGCAAGUGUAGCGAUUUACCUGAACUAUUUCCAGCUGUGGUGUGUGCGGGCUCAAACAUCCAGCUGAGAAUGUUGCCACAAUGACGAUGCAUGAAUGGCAUUUGGCAGCAUUGUGUUCAACGAAGACAUUGGCAGCCAUCGGCCGCAUCUAACUGCAACCGUGAGAUUUGUGGUAACUGUGUGGAACACCACCCUUGUGACAAACGUGCGGUUUGAACUUUGUAAACCUCAAGUGGUGCCUGUUUCAGCUCAAGUGUGUUGAGGGGAAGCACAGCUCCCAAGUCUUUGAUACAGUGAUAUCUGUUGCAUAUGUCGUGUUUUUGCUUUGCUGCUAGGGUAACAAAGAGUGUGCACAUGCCCAAACUAGUGUGCCCAUAUUGAGUUGUAAAUGUAGUAAAGACAUUGAUGAGGUGGCACAAGCAUCAUAAGAGAAAUAAUAUAGGGACUGUUGGACAUCAAAACAACUCGCAUCAAACACGUGUGAGAAUAAGUCACUGUCUUUUUUCAUUUACAAACGUCAUAGGCCUUCUGACAAGUGUGUCACUUUUCAGGAAACAUUCUAUUUUAUGUUCAAGUAACAGGAACCUCCACAUUACAGUUGAGGUGUGUGUGCAUCGGCUGUCAAACGAUCUCCGAAUUGGGCGGCGUUGUACCAUGAGAAGGAUUGCAUUUUCUUUUCGUUUCUAAAUUAAUCAUGGGCAGGCCUGUAGUCUCUAGUGGAAUACAUCAAAGUUCUCAAAUGCCUCGAGGAAGUGAUAAGCGAAUCUUUGGGCGAGGAGCUGUUUCAUGCUGUGUUGACAGCUCUCUUCUAUAUGGUAUGUUGCAACAUCAUCUAUUUGUACUCAUCGUUAUGUGCUCUUUUAACAUCAUUUAAUUUUUUCUUUUAAUUUCUGGGAGUGAGGGGGCUGGGUCUGGUGAUUGGAUGGUUUGAAGACUGUUUAAUUUGUGUUGCACAUUUUUUUUUUUUUUUUUUGUAAAGUAGUCUCAAUUUUUGCAGCAGCUGUUCACAAUACCAUUACUGCACAAUCGAGAAAGGGUGGUGUCUGAUCUUGUCAGGGUUUGAAGGUAGCGCUUUUGACUUGCUGGGUGUUUAGUCGUAAAAAAACAAAGUGUGAAAAAAAAAGAAUUUUUGCUUAACAGCUAGGGUACAGUUAAUUAAAAAAUGCUGUAGAAGCAUGUAGCAUUAGUAAAGCCCUCAUUUAGUGUAUGACAGUUUCAUAAGCAGCCAUUUUGGACAUUAUACUAAAAGUCAUUUGUGUGCAUGUGAGUAUUCAGUUUAGACAAUUUGUAGACACUCAGAUGAAGGUCAGAACACACAUGCAGCGAGCUAGCUGUUAACAAGGAAUAUAGAGCUUUUCACAAUCACUGGUGCCAACUUCGUUUGUGUACUAACAUAGGGAAUGUUGAUGCGGCUGGAAAAAAGCCUGAAGGACGACACUGGCAGAAAGGAAGCUCAAUGUGUGAAUUGCACGGGCAUCAUCAUCAAGGUCAACCACAGUUUUGGGGCAGAGUUUUCGGGUGGAAAUGACCGCCCUUUAUCAAAGUAAAUGCACCUGGCAGAAUGCAUGGGUACUUGCCAUUUAUAGUACCCGCCCGGCAAGCCAACGGUAGUUAUAAAGAAGCCAAACUUUUCAGAACCACGGUGUUUGAGCAUUGCCUUUAGUUUUUCCUUGUGUGCAAGGAACCCUUUUUGAAGGACCCAUGUUCAGUCAAGAUUGAAAAAUUUCUACAAGAAAAGUUUUGUCAAAGAUGUAUGUUUCUCAUUCUGUAGCACAUGGGCAGUGAGUGCGGAUGAAUUUUCUGUUUCUUGUUCGGCUUUUGCGUUGGCUAACGUGACCAAAUAAGUGCCUUUGUCCCGUAACACGACAUAUCGUGCACAACUGUGUCAUUGCAGUUCUUUUUUUUUUAUGUUCGCUCAUUGUAAAAAAAAAAAAAAGCUAUUCCUCAAUUCUAUCUGUGGGACCAAAGCACAAUGAAACUUCUUUCAUUGUCUACAUUGUCGGACUGUUUCUCAAGCUCCGCAGAAGGAGCAUGUAACUAAAGAAGACGGUGUGCAAUGCGACAACUGACGGUUAGUAAAGCGAAAAAAAAAAGGGAAGUGUGUUACAUGCCAUACGAGUAUAAAUAUAUAUAUAUAAUAUAUACAGACACGUAUAUAUUUUGUUGACUGUGUAGUGGAGUAAUUUAUUGAAGAAACGGCAGUGUCCAAGCUUGAGAAAGUA